UUCAUCCUGAUGCCAACAAACUUCAACAGAGAUAACACAGCCACUACAAAGACAAGACAGAAAAAUACAAGAAGUCGCUUAAAGGAUACAAAAUUGUGGAUAAUUAUGGAAUACCUUGGUGGAGGAUCGGCUCUUGAUCUAUUAGAGCCUGGCUGUCUUGAUGAAACCCAGAUUGCUACAAUAUUGAGAGAGAUACUUAAAGGACUUGAUUAUUUGCAUUCCGAAAAGAAAAUACACAGAGAUAUUAAAGCUGCCAAUGUUUUGCUGUCUGAACAAGGAGAGGUAAAAUUAGCAGAUUUUGGAGUAGCAGGACAACUAACAGAUACACAGAUAAAGAGAAAUACUUUUGUAGGAACACCAUUUUGGAUGGCUCCUGAAGUAAUAAAACAGUCAGCAUAUGACUCAAAGGCAGAUAUCUGGUCAUUAGGAAUAACAGCCAUAGAACUUGCAAAAGGAAAACCACCACAUUCAGCGUUGCACCCUAUGAAGGUUUUAUUCCUCAUCCCAAAGAACAAUCCACCAACACUGGAAGGAAACUACAGUAAACCCCUCAAAGAAUUUGUUGAGGUCUGUUUGAACAAGGAGCCAAGCUUUAGACCAACAGCAAAGGAGCUUUUGAAACACAAAUUCAUAAUACGAAAUGCAAAGAAAACAUCCUACCUGACAGAGCUCAUUGAUAGGCACAAGAGGUGGAAAUCUGAACAGGGUCAUGAUGGCUCCAGCUCUGAAGAAUCGGAUGCUGAAUCAGAUGACCAGGCCACAGGUGGCCAUGAUUCUGGGGACUGGAUCUUUACAAUCAGAGAAAAAGACCCCAAGAAUGUAGAGAAUGGAGAAGCCCAGCCACAGAAACUAGGAAGUAAUAAGGGGAAAGAUACCCCCAGACAUCCUUUCUCUCAAUGUUUAUCUGCAAUUAUAUCUCCUUUAUUUAUGGAGUUGAAAGAGAAAAGUCAGGCAUAUGGUGACAACAUGGGGUCUAUAGAAGAACUGAGAGAAGCUAUUUAUUUAGCUGAGGAGGCUUGUCCGGGUAUUUCAGAUACCAUGGUGUCGCAGCUUGUACAGAGGCUUCAAAGGUAUUCAUUGACUGGAGGAAGUACUUCAUCCAACUAUGAAGACACAGUUUAAUCUAGAGGAAAUGAACACACAACUGUCGUUAUUACUAACUGGAAAUUUGCAUUUGACUCUUGAUGAAGUAAGAUGAAGUAAAACGAAGAAUUUACCCUUCUCAACAUAGAAAUCAACAGCGAGUCAAUUCUACCAUUUGAGUGUGUGUGGUAUAAUGUUGUAGGAGGCAUGUAAAAUCAUCUCAGCUAAAUUGAAGUUUAUAUGGAACCACUGACGCCUUCCCAGUGUAAUCCAUUACUAUAAGAAUGUCCUAAAAAUAAAAUGAGCUAAUUGGAAAAGAGCACAUUUAAGAUUUAGUAGGCAAGUCAGAUUUACAGGACAAUAUGGAGUUCUGCUUUGAGAUUUUAAAGCAAAAGUUAGUCAGAUAAUUAGGCUGGUGUUUGGACAGUGUAAUUGCUGACCUGCCCUUGUAUUUUGUUAUGAGAAACUAUCCUGGGGUGGGAAACCUAAGGUCUGACCUGCAUCUUGCCUUGAUCCAACCCAUGAGGUUCUGAGGACCCCAAUCAAGGCAGGAUAUGACCCAUGUGCUCUGCCUGAUGGGAGAAGAAAAUGUCUGUGUGUUGUAGGAAAGCACUCCCUACAGACUAUCUGUGGGCAUAGAUCCAAAAAAGGUUCCCCAUCUUUGAACUACCCAGUUUGACAUUAUUUAAGGAUGAUUGUAAUAGAUGAUGCUUGGUGAAGGCAGCCCUUGAUAAACAUUUGUCUUAAAUGUAAAAUGACAAUCAUUUGGUAGAGAAAAAUGUUAAGAUUCAGAAAUCUGUACCAGUAAUAGGAAGGUAUUUCAUUUGAGGCCACUAUAUUUCUGAAAUAGAGGUAGUCAAUCUCUGAGGCAAGAUAUUUAAGAAAAUGUUAAUAUUAUUUUAAGAAAAUGUCUUCUGCUAAGAAUUUGACAUAAUAAUAUUGCACUUAAGCUAAAUUUUUCUGGUGCCGGUAAUGCAGCUAUUUCAAAAUUUCUUUUGAGUACAAUGUCCUGCAAUUUACAUUCAAACAAGUAUUACUUCAGCCAUGCAGAUGUUGAACUCACUGGAAGACUUCACUUGUAAAAGAUUGUGAGAUGAGGCACUUAAAUAAGCUGUAAAAAAAUAAAGUUAACUAAAAAAAA